UUUAGCACGUCUUCACCCUCACUUUGGAAAACAUCUGUUGUGUUUAAUAGUCUAAAGCAUGAUAAUUGUUAGUGUUAGGUAUUACUGCGUUAGGCCUAAGUAUAUAUAUUUAACUUUAAGUAAAUUAUUCAGUUCUUGUAAGUUUCAUGAAUUUGUUUGAGUAUUCAGUAGCAUUUAUAAACUUUAAUAUUUUUGUUAUAAAGCUGCUUUAAAAAGUUUUAUAAAAAUAGAUACAAUCAAAAUUUAUUUUCUAGUUUCUUCCCCACUAUUUUUAUUCAUUUUGAAAGUGGUUUCUCGGAUCUUAUUAUAAUUUAUUAACAUAAAGUGAUAACUUGAUAAUACUAACACCAACAGUAACAGCUGUAGUGUAGGCAUACUAAUUAGGUCUAUUUCCACCCCAGUAGUUAUUUUUGGUCAUAAAUUCAAACUGUUUAGACAAGUAUAUUGAAUUUGUUGUGUGGAAUUUCGAUAAGAAAUAUGAACCUUCAAAAUCUUUUUCAAGAUUUUAAUCCAAGUAAGUUCAUUGUGUACUUGUGUCUACUGGUGUUCACUUUGAUGUUUGCAUUGCGCUUAGACGGUACCAUACAGUGGAAUUAUUGGGCAAUUUUUUUACCUCUUUGGAUCUGGAAGGGAUUGGUCAUUGCAGGAGCCAGUAUGGGAAGCUAUGUAUGGUGGAGACACCCUCAAUACAGAUUGGAAGGAGAAGGUUAUGUUCAUUAUAAAGCUAUGUUGAUCAGUCUUGCUCUUCAGCUCCUUCUCCUCAUGUUUGAACUUCUUGUUUGUGACAAUCUUGAAAACCACAGACACUUGUGGACUUUGAUCUUUAUACCCCUCAUCUUCAUAUCUGUAGUGUCAAUAGGGGUGUGCAUCUGGGCUGUCAAGCAUGACCGAUCGUUUGAGAUGGAGCUGUUUUGUUCAGUGAAUGUGUUACAGUUCAUAUUUUUGGCGCUACAACUGGAUGGAUUUAUUUCUUGGAGUUGGGUUGUUGUCUUUGUGCCUUUAUGGAUAGUGAUGUGUUUGGCUGUGAUUGGUGUCUUGUAUGCCAUCAUUUUUGCUAGCAUCUUACUUAGGACACCAGAAGUGAGCCCUGAGCAGCGAAGAUCCAGCCUUCACUCGGCAAUCUCUUACAGUUUAGUAGUUGUCCCUUUGCUAGUGUUUUUGGUGCUUUUGUCGAAUAAGUUGGACAAUGACAGUGUGUUAAGUUUCAUAGCAACAUGUAUACCGUUGUAUUUCACUUUCCUGGUUCUGAUUCUUUUGUCAUUUGGUUCAAAGGGAAGCAACCAUUGGUGGUUUGGAAUUAGAAAAGAUUUCUGCCAGUUUAUUCUUGGAGUGUGUCCUCUCCUUCAGGAGUAUGGGAACAUUUCAUACAGCUUGCACAGUAACGAAACGGAAGACUCCAGUCGAGCAGAGGGUAGCACUUCCCAAAGAAAACCUCCCAGUGGGAAUUCCAAGCGAGGUGCUAACACUGGUCAGACUGAACCUCGCCCUGUUGUACCUGCUUUAUCUAUCGAGACUCCAGAUUGAUAAGGGGCAGGUGAUAGAAGAUGUGCUGUUCAUUUUCUGGUCUUUCACUCAUUGUUUUUUAAACAGUGGAGGCUUCAGGAAGAAUUAUGAUGCACCAUUGAAGAAUGGUAUAAUCAAGCUUCUGGUUAUCAGAAGAGCACUUGCCUCAAAGAUACAGUUAACUUGGGUGUAACAUGCAGGUUUUUUUCUCAGGUUCAAUAUCAUGUAAGGUUUAUGAUAUGUGCAUUAAAUAUAUAUCUUGUGUACUACUACUACAAAAUAUGAAUGAAACUUUUGUCUGUUAUUACUGUAAAUGACUACUGUUAAGAAUAAUGUGAGUGUAUAAUUUAUAGCACUAACAUGUUUAUGAAAGUCUUAACCUAGCUGGUUCUAGUGAAAGUUUUACUGCACUUUUGGGGAAAAAAAAUCCACAACUAUCUAGAUUUAUAGUGCAUAUGAUAAUCCACCUCUUGGUUGGUGGCUUUCAGAAAAAAAAAAUCCUGUUUGAUUUACUACUCUGAAUGACAUUUUUUUUUGCUAUUCAGAAUUUUAACAUUUCAACAGCCUUGUGUCAAAAUAUUCAGUGCUUCUUAGAAAAUUAAAUUAAUACAAGUUGGUAUAGAAAACCUAUGUAUUUGUUGAUGAAGCAUUUGUGUGUAACUUAUCUAGUUAACUUUAUAGUAGUUGUAGCCAGUUGUCAGGUUUAUUUAUCUUAAAAACAGAACAGUAGUGAAAAACUCUGCCCUGAAUAGAGUAAAUGAAGCUAGAGUUGCCAAUUACAUUGUAAAUGUUUGUUACACAUUUUCUAUGUCUAAUUAUAAAUACAUAUUUUGAACAAAAACUUUAUUGAUAAAAGUUUUAUAUAAUUUUAUAUUUGUAUGGGUUGGGCAUUUCCUCUUUCAUUGAAUAUUACAACAAAUGUUAUAAUUGCACCUUAGGAAAACAUUUUAAGUCUACAAGUUUUUCUUUGCAAGAUGUUUUUAUUGGAACUGUAAAUGAUAGUUGAGUUUAAUUCUAGAUUUUAUCAGGAUGUAGUUUAUGAUACAUAAUGUGUAGAUGCAAAUGUUAUUUUUUAGUAUAUAUAGUUGGUUCAAAUCCAGUUUUUUGAAACAAACUUCAUUUGUGAAUGUGUUUCUGGGCAGGACCCAAGAUACUAUGUUGACAGCAGCUUCUCCUGUUCUG